UUAGUGUGAACAAACCUUUAGCACCUUUAGCCUUAUCAUUUGCAUUUCGCAAUUAAUUAUUUUAGUGAUUUUAAAUCCUUAUCUGACAAUAUUUAGAUGAUAAGGAUGCGUCAUAGAAAAUUACCCAAUAAAACUGAUAGAUUCUCAAAAUUUAAAAGGACUCUCGAUAACGUUUUGCUUCAAAUUAACACUUUCAGCAAAUCUGAUAAAACGAAAGCUUUAACUUAUGUCUACCAACACCUUCAAGAACAACAAUUCAGUCGAAAUCUCAAUAAGUCAAGACGUAAAACGAAACUUAUAGCACGUACAGAUCACGCUCAUUCGGUUAAGCGGUGUAAAGUAAAAUUGAAGUUAGAGUGUCCUGUUUGCAAUCAGAUUAAGGAUACAAAAAGUGCAAUACUGAAGCAUCUGGAGCAUUUUCAUAUAGGUGUACCUCUGAGCUGUUUACGAUGUCGUAAAACCUUCAACAGUGAACCAUCCUACAACUGGCAUAUACUUAAUUUGUGCUGGCGAAAGAAAAGAAUCUCCCUUAAAAAGUUUAAAUGUCCGGAGUGUCCGAAGGAAUAUGCAGUGAAACGACACUUAAUUCUGCAUCAGAGUGGCCAUAAGAGAAACAAUUGCCCCCAUUGCAAUACCACAUUAACGAAGAGAAAUGAACUGAUAGAUCAUUUGCUCAUUAGGCACAAUGUGCAAUUAAAAAGAGCUCAUUUUAAUUGUGACUAUUGCCAAAAGUCUUUUAUUAAACGUCGUUCCUUAUACAGUCACCUACGGAGUCAUCUAAAGGCAGAAGUUGUCUGUUUGGAAUGUGGUAAAAUUAGUACAUGUAAAGCCGAACAUAAUGGUCAUGAACAGGAACAUGCAAAGCAAAAACCUUGGCAAUGCUCCAUUUGUAAGGAGAGGUUUGCGAGAAGAAAUGUGUAUUUUGCUCACUUAAUUAAACACGAGCGAUACAAAUGUCUAACCUGUAAAGAAAGCUUUGCAUCCAAACUUCGAGUAUAUCAGCAUAGAGUAAAAGGACACAUUGUUCAAGGGUUAACACCGCAUAGUUGUCCUUAUUGUCCCUUACAAUUUUAUCGGAUUAAACUACUAGAGAGUCAUCUGAAUGUACACAUAGAGCACUCGAGUGAGGCUCAGGUUUUAGCUGAAGCUGAGGCAUACACUUGUGAAUAUUGUGGGCAACAAUACACAAAGAAGUUUUUACUAGACCAGCAUUUACUGAGGCUGCAUUGCACAGCACGUGGCCUAUAUUCGUGUGAACAUUGUGAUUAUGCAUCAAGGUUUAGGUCGAAUAUCGCCAGACAUUUGCGCCUGCACUUGACUAAGGAGAAGCAAUUUGUCUGUGAUCAUUGUGGAAAAUUUUUUUCUAAUGGGGCUGUGUUGACCGACCACAUUAAAUAUGUACAUAAACAGGUUAAGCAAUUCAAGUGCCCGAUGUGCGAAAAAUGUUUCAAAAGGAAGCCGGAGCUAACACGUCACCAAUCUGUACAUUCAAGUGUAAAACCAUACAAUUGUGAAUUAUGUUCGAACUCGUACAAGCGAAUUUCCCAUCUGAGGAGACAUGAGAGAAAUGUUCACAACAUUGCAACUAAAACAAAUAGGGUUCAGCAUUUAAUAGUGGAGGAUGAAGCAAAAGGGACAGCAUCCAGUUUAAAUAAGACAUCAACUACUGGUUGUCAUAGUGUUGCCCCUGAUUUUCAUUUCCAGGUCACUGAACUAGUUCUCCAAAAUGAGCUACCAGAAAUUAUUGGAUUUGUUGAUGGAUUGUCACCUACAAGUCUUUGAAAUAUGGAAUAAACUGUUUAUUUUUUAUACUGUCUGUCUUUAAGAAAAUAAAGCAAUAAUUAUUGUCA